AUGAAUUUGAAGAAGGGCAAUAAUGAUUGGGAUAGAAGGAGGAACGUGCAUGGGGGUCCUAGGGUUCAUGAUGGAAGACAUCACGCAAAAGGUAAUGUCCUUAACUCAGAGAUUUCGUCCUUCUUUAUCACGAACUUUCCGGAUUCAGUACAAGUAGUUGAUCUGUGGCGGGUAUGUGGUCGUCUGGGGAAAAUGGUGGAUGCUUUUAUAUCGACUAAAUUGUCCAGAAUGGGGAGGCGAUUUGGUUUUGUUAGAUUUUCUAACGUUCGUAAUGAAGAUCGAAUGAUUAAAUGUCUUUGUGAGAAGUUACUCUAUAAUUCACAGGUAUCGUCUUCUAUAAACUCUUAUGCAAGUAUUGUUAAAGGAACAGGUGUGGUGAAUGGUAGUAAAGCUCAGAUACAGGAGGUUAUUGAAUUAUCUUUUGGAGAUUUCAUUGUGAAGAAAUAUAAGAAGGUGUGUUUGGUGAAAGCGAGAGAUUUUCUUACUCUCCCUAAUCUACAUAUGCUUAGUUUAGAUGAAGGUUUUGAAGACUUUGAUAUGAAAUUUGUUGGAGGUUUAUGGGUAUUGAUUGAAUUUAAAUCCAAGCAUGCAUGUGAAAACUUCGUGAAUUCUGAUGUCAUGGAUCAUAGGUUACUAGAGAAGCGUGAGUGGGAUAGUAAUUUUGUGCCAUUGGAACGUAUAGUGUGGGUUGAUAUAGAAGGACUACCAUUGUCUUGUUGGAGUAAGGACUCAUUUAGAAGAAUUCUAUCUAAGUGGGGAUCUAUUGUUCAAAUGGAGGAUUAUGUAGAGGAAGAUGUGUACAAGAAUCAUGUUUGUAAAUUGACUACUUCUCAACAAAUAAUCUCUUAUAUGGUAAAGGUUAGGGUGGAUGGUAAAUUGUUUAAUAUCAGAGUUAAAGAGGCCAAGGGGUGGACCCCUUCUUUUGUUUCAGAUACUUCGAAACCUGAACCUGAAGGCUGUAAAGGGGGAAUUUUUAUGACUUUAAUGAUAAUGAUACUGGGACUCCUUCUUCAAAUGGUAAUGCUGAAGAAUCGUUGGAUCCGUUUGGUCUGUAUGAAACAAUGGAAAGAAUGA